AUGAGCAUAGAGAUGGAGAACGGAGUGGGCUCGAAGGAAGAAGGGAGAGACAAAGAGGUGGCUGUGACGGGCCACGCUUGGAAUUUCCAAGUCGACCCUGAGCCGGGCCAGGGACUUGGACAACCCGAAGCCCCGCCGGAACGCUUCAGACCUCCUUCCUCCUCAUCCUCAUCCUCUCAAGUUCGUUCUCCGCCUAAUGAGAGCCACGUCACGAAGCCUCCCGCCGUCAUGAUGCAUGAACUGUGCCACGUCCGCCACUCAAGCCUCAAAUCCGGGCACUCCCAUCUCCGUCCUACGGUGAUGCAGCUUCUUCUGGCUUUAGGCGACGAUGUCGCAGUGCAAGUGUGCUUCCUCGCAGCAGUUCACCGUGGAGGGACACUCGCAACACUCGCCCGUCACCAUCAUUUGACGGGCAUCGGAUUCCCUGACUCUUCUUCACUGCGCGCCUAUCCUAGUACAUCGCAUGUGGACUCCUUGCGCUGA